UUGUCUCUCAUGACAAUAGCAGACAAUUUAGCAGAGUCUAAUGUCAUAGCACCAUUAAUAAUCGAUGUCAGCUGGGCCAAAUGUCUGUACUUUCUUUCUCCAAAUGCAAUAAACAACAAAAAUUAGCAUAAUAAUGCAGAUAAAACCCAUUAUUACAUAUUCCGGCUCCUGCCCGCUCUUCCGCUCGCUGGAAUCGCAAAUCCUGAAUGCCAUUCCUUUGGACACAUGCGAGUGGCGUCGGACCUUUCAACGGCCGACAAAACAUGUUCGCCUGGAGGCCCAGACCCAGCAGUUUAAUGUGGCGCCACUGGAGAAGUACAAGCAGGGCGAUUGGAGCAUUUUGGAGCAUCCCAUUCUGCACAUUUUUGUCACAGAAUGCAAUGACGUUGACACAUACAAGGCCACCAUUAGGGAGGAGAUUGAUGCCUGGCUGAAGGUUCUGACCAGCUAUGGCAUCUCGGACUGGAUGAUUCUGCUGGUGGAGACGCUGGACAUGCGCAAGACCAAGAACUUUAUGCCACGCACCACAGUUCUGGACAAGAUACGUCUUGAUUUCGGCAGCAAAAACGAUGAUCGCUGCAUCUCUGUGCUGAAUCCGGCCAAGUUCGAGCAAAAGUCCACGGAAUCCUUUCGCUGCCUGGUGCAGCGCAUACGCUUCCUCAUGCUCACGAGCUACAAUCGGAACAUUGUCAAAUACGAGGAACUGAUACGCGCCAAGCGGGAGAAGCGCAACCACGAUGGCUGGGAUUACCGGCAGUACUUCUUCAUGCAGGAGGAUCUGGCGCUGACAUUUGAAAAGCUGGAGCUCCCCACGGAGGCGCUGAUCCAGUACGACGAACUGGACGCCAUGUUCUCGCAGUUUAUCACCCACACGGGCUUCAACGAGAAGCAGCAGUGGCUCAGCCACUUCAAGCGUCCGCUGAGCGCCUUCCAUGGCAUCUGUCUGACGCGUUUGGAUAAGUUCGAAAUGCGCGAGAAGAUCCGCGAGGAGGGCGUCUCUCUCCUGGAGUUCCGCAACUAUCUGUUCGAACGGCAGGCGUAUCUGCUGCUAACCAGCAAUGAAAUACCCGAGAUAGCCAAACGAUUGCUCAACUUUCUGUUUUCCACGCUCCGCGAGGUGGAAUUCAUCAAACUGGAGUGCCAGGAGGGCGCCCUGUGCUGCUGGGAAUUCGUCUGCGCCUUGGAGGUGCUGCAGCUGUGCGAGCAGGCCAUGGAACCGAACGAAGUCACCUGCUUCCAGCACUGUGCGCCCAUCUGGAACCUGGCCAAGGACAAGCUCUAUGAGCUGGGGAAACUGUGCGGUCUGCUGCCUGGCUGCACACCCACCUCCGAGCAGCUGCACAUCGUCGUGCAGCUGUCGUCGGGCAUUGGCGAUGCGCCGCCAGAUCAGCAGCAGCAGUUCCUGCAGGCCACGCCACACCUCAGGGAUCGCUCGCCCAAUCGCAAGCCCAAGAAGUCGGCGGCCCAACAGCUGAAGGAAGCCUUGGGCUCGAAUCAGGCAUUCCAGAAACUCUACCUGGAGCUGGCGGAGCUGGCAAUCAGCACGUACAAGCAUGUGGCACGCCUGCGCUCGGCCCGACUGGUGGGCCUGGAUCUGGGCAACUUCUACUGUGCCCUCAACGAGCCGCACAAGGCGGUGGGAUUCUUUACGGAUCUGCUGCGGGAGCUUAAGGCUGAGAACUGGCACAUGCUGAGCUCCCAGACGCUGCUGGAGCUGGCCAACUGCUAUCGCAAGAUGGGCGAUUCUCUGGCCUACACGAAGACCUGCAGCUCCAUCUCCUGCUGCGUGGAACUGGAGACUCUGGUGCGCACAUUCUACUUUGAUGAGUUUCUCAAGUCCUUGAAGACCCUCAAGACCACACUCUCCGCCCAGCCAUCGUCGGAGAAUGCCAAUUUCUGUGUGCUAGAGGAUCACUUCCGCAUCCUGGACAUUGAAGUGCUCAACCAGAAGCCCAUUAUACAGGAUGAUCAUGUCUUGGUGCAGCUCAAAGUGGAGAGCCUUUAUCCCCGGGGCAUUGUAGCGGAGACACUCAAACUGUGCUACGAGCUGCAGGCCACGACCCUGGAAUUUGCCAUGGAAAAUGUCUCCCUGACGUCAGCUCCUUCUACUACGAAGGUGAAAGAGUCUGUAUCGCGCCUGAAGGUGGAACUGCAGCUGGUCUACAAGCAGGACAAUCGGCUGCACUCUGCUUCGGUGGCCUGUGAUAUGCCUAAGAGCAAGCAGCCCGUGCGACGCACCAGCAGCACCAAGCGAAAGCUCUCUCCCAGCGUCCAGGGUGACUUUACCAACUUUGUGCAGGCGGAGAAUAUAGCACUACAGCCGGGCGUCAAUUGCAUUGAACUGAAAGCCAAGGCAACGCGUGUGGGCAACUGGCAAUUCAAACAGCUCUGUGUGAGCAUGUCCAGCCUGGAGUUCCUCUCGGAGCAGCUGCCGUUUGCGGCGCCCUGCUUUGAGAUCAGCACCAAGCCGGCCAGUGCUUCGCUGGAGUUCAAGACCCUCGUUGCGGGCAUUGUGCAGCCCAUCAGCCUGAAUGUGUCCGGCGGCAGUUUCAUCUUUCCACCCGAUGCCAAGAUUACGCUGCGUUGCUCUAAGAAUCUGCGCCUGCGACAGGCACUGGACACACAGGAUGCUCCUCCCCCUCGUGAUGAUGCCACAUUCGAGAGUCUGCUGCAGGUGCCUCUGCUCCAAUUCAAGUCGUUCGAGGAGCGUAGCAUUCCGCUGGAGGUGCUCACGGAUAUGCCGGGCAGGAAGGUGUCCAAGCAUCACGAGCAUCACAUUUCCUUGAGCUGUCCCUGGUCGCGCACCGAGCUGCAGAUACCCAUCGAGUUCCAGCCCGCCAUGGAGGCCACGUGUCGGCUGCACACGUGCGGCACCCAGAAGUUCCUGCAGGUCAUAAUGAAGGGACUCGAUGCGCAUCUGCUGCUGCACCAUGCCAAGGUCAAGUGCGAUGUGCCUGGCGUCCAGCUGCUCGACCUGAAUCCCAUGCCCCAACAGCCGAUUGAAAUCUACAAAUCCCUGACUGUCACGUAUCUGUACGAGAUCCAAGUGGAACCCCUGAAGACCGAGCACGAGCUGCCCAUCGUCAAGGUGCACUUUGUGAUCAAGUACGCGACGCUCACGCAGCCCGAGGUGUGGCGUAGCUACGGCUGUGCCUUCGAUCUGGUGGACUACACGACGCUCUUCAAGCUGCAGGCCCAGCUGGAGCCCAACGAACUGUGUCGCCUGCGGACGGUGUGCAACAUGAAUCUGAAGAUCAGCAAAGUGCACGAGAACCCGUACACGGAUCUCAUGUACGAAGUGCUCAACGAUCAGAAUCUCUGGGCCGUUUGCGGUCGCUCUGCGGAUAUGGGUGUCGUCUCCAUGAAAGACGUGGACAGCCAUUCCAUAUCCCUGGAUGUGAUGCCCUUGAGCACUGGCUUCCUGCCCAUGCCCAGCAUUCGUCUGUCCAAAUACACGGCUGGUGGCAAAACCAAAGCCGAUGCCCACUCCAAGGUGCAUCCCUUUCCGCCCGGACAGGUGUACAACUCCACGAAGAGCAUGCAGAUCCAUGUGAUAGCCAGUGUGGCGGAGAAUCAGUGAGCAGCCCAGCCCAGCCCGAAAGUCAAUUGAAUAGCAUCUCUGGCCCGGGGUGGGGUCUGAAGUAUUAUUUAUAUUAUAAAAGUAAAAAACAAAACCAAAAACAACAUAAAAUCAAGACUUGGAGCAGGACAAAUCGCUGGCCAGCUUGGACAGCUGCUGCUCCUCCACGCGGUAGUAGUGCCAGCCCUCUCGAGCAGUCAAAUCUACGGCGCCCAAGCUCUCGUAGAACUUGCGAGCGGGAUUCCAUUCGAGCACAUUGAACUCCAGGCGCGGGCACCUCAACUCCACGGCACGGGCAGACACCUCGAGGAAGAUGCGCCUGCCAGCGCCCCGCUUGCGAUGCUCCGGCUUCACGUAGAUGUCCUCCACAAAGAAAUAGCGUCCCUGCCAGGUGGAAUAGGCCUUGUAGCAAAUCGAAUAGCCAAUGGCCAGGCUGGGAAAGCAAAUAAACGGAAAUUGUCGUGUUAGCCUUAUCAAAUG